CGGCUCUUUUGUGAUUAUUGUUUCUCUCAACUUCACUAAUACGCUCAUUGCUGUUAUGAUUACUCUCACUUCUCUUUUGGGUUGUCUCUACUUUCUGGUUUUAUGCCUUUUUUUUUAUAUAUAUUUGAUGAUGGAGUUUGGUUAUCUCAUCUUUUUCCUUGGAAGAUUGAUAUUUCUUUACUAGGUUACUUUAGGGCCAACUUUUACUCCGUCCCGAAAGAAGCGUCGGGUAUUUAUUAUAAUCGACUUUGAUUAUUUACCAUGUAGAUAAUCCAGUUUCAUUGCAGACCAGAUCUCGAGAUAUUAGUUGCUAAAUCGGAAUUUUCAGUGACCAAUAAUCACAAUCGAUUAAUCGUAUCAAAAUUCAAUAGUUUAACACGUGUCGGAGUGGCAUCGUAUUUCGUAUCUAACUAAUUAAUUAAUUAAGGUGUCGGGAAGACAAUGUAACUGAUUGAGUGAUUGUCAUUAAGAAUGUUGGGCAGAGUGCAUGGAUGAAUGAAGUCGAAGUCAAAGUCAAAGUCAGAAUUAGUCAGGCAUUGAAAUGUGAUUACGGGAAUAGAUUAAAUGGGAAGGAUUAAUUGUUUGUUCAAUGAGGAGUUGAAGUGGUCAUUAUGGUUUACUUUGAUUGGAGUUUGGGUGGGGGAAAUUGCAGUUCAACUAAUUAUAAUUUGGAUUAUGGCAAUUAAAUAUGGUCUAGUGACAUUACAUGAUUUGUGAUUGCAUAAAGUUAAAUGAAUUUUUCUUGUAUCCUUAGAAUAAAUGGGUUCUCUGCCUUAAAACAACUAAAUUUCAUAACUUUAUUGAAGAAUGAGCACAAAAUUAUAAAAAUAACAAUGGUUUGCUGCAAAAGUUGUAAUUAUAAGUAUAACGUAUUUGUCAAGAACCAUUUAGUGAGAGUUUUACUUAUGAAUCUUAUAGCAUUUACUAACUCGUCAUUCAAACGAAAACCUACUCAUAUGAGCUUGAAAUUUUUGUUAGGUCUGAUUAUCAUACGCUUAGCGAACUGGGGGGUUGUCGAGAUUCCGACAAUAUCAUGUAAUGAUCCAUUUGAUCUCAAUAACUCGAACUGUGUAAAAAAUCAAUUAAGAUUAAUUUGUGGACAAGUUUAUUUAAGGGCCUUUAUUUAAUUAUGCGCCACCCACUUCUCCUCUUUAAUGUUUUUUUUUUCGUGGUUUGUAGUUUAGCCCAAUAACGAAACAAAUUAGUGAAGUUGAGAGCCCGAGAUUAAAGUAGGCAAAAUCAGUUGUAUCUCCUUGGCUGAAGAAUUCCCACCAACUCUAAUCAAAGUCGCAAUCAACAAAGCAUCUAGCUAGGGCUAUAUUAUCUGCAUCUCUAAUCUUUUUUUUUUUAUAACUUUCCAUUAAGUGGUUAAUUGGUUUAGGAAAACUAGAGGCCAUUCCCAUGCAUGCAUCUGGACUUAACUUUGAUUCUUAAUUGGUGUCAAGAGAGGAAUCAAAUCUAAUCCUCUCUCCAAUUGCCUCUCUGUUCUUUUUGGAGGGCAAAUGGUAAUAGAAUCUACGUACUUGGCUUGUAUUGAUGAACAAGUUAACAUAAACGGCAAUCCAAUUUUACCCUUUUGUGAAUUCUAAUGGUACUCGAAUAAUUUCGUAAACUUAGACUCCAUCGUACAAUACAAUUUUCGUCAUCGAUUCCAAUGCGGUAGUUGUACAUAUGGACCACAACAGAAUGAUCAUAUUACCUUUACCUUAGUAUAUGCGUAUUGUUUUUUUGUGUGUCGAUUUUGGUAGUGCAAGGGUAAUUAAGGAGGAUUAAUAUUUAAUCUUCAACCUUAACCAACGAGAAAUACCAACCAUUAACCACCACCUUGCUUACCAUAUCUAAAUCAACAUCUCGCGAGAGGAUCGAAUUCGAUGAUUCCAUGUUCUGUUAGGAUUCUUAAUCGUGGGUUAUAAUAAUCCAUAGACUCAAAAAGUGCAGAAUUCGUUGAAAUUUUCAGGCGGGGAAAGGAAAGGAAGAGUAAACUGUAGAGUAGCAUAAGAAAGACUUGAAUUGAAGUGGAGGCUACGCUGUAGAGAUGGCUUUUUUCUUGCAAACAAGGAAAAGUAAAAGUAACAGAGACAGUCAGACUGACAGUCAAGCAGACAGCAUAAUAAUACUAUAAUCAACAUAACCAAACCAAGUAAUACUUCAUUGAUUCCUGAAGGUUGGUUUUGGUUUAGCUAUGGAAGUGAGAAAAGGAAUUUAAUUUAUCCCCUCAAUUGCCUACUUUAGAAUGGUAGACAGUUACUACAGACUUUUAGUGUAGGUUCAUAUCAUUGGAUUGUGCGACAUAUGAUACUGACGGUUGAGAUGGCGAGUAAAUGAUCGAACAGUAUUGGCCUACGUUGACGCGACUACUAGCUGUGACGAAAUUCGAGAAAGAGACGGGAGGGAUGGGAAUGUGGGCUAAGAAAGGGGGUUGUGUAUAUAGCAUGACCCCAACUGAAAAUACUUUCCUGUCUUCUUUUUCUUUUCAGUUUUGCUUUAGUUAAAGGGAAAUGAGAAAAGAAGAGAAAUUUGGAUGAUAUGUUCAAGUCAUCAAGUGGAAGGAAUUUGGCAGAAGACUCAUAGUACUGCUGUAGUACUUACUAGUUGUUGUAACAUUAAGGAUUGACACAAACAUAAAAAGGAAAGGAUGGAAGGAAGGGAAAGGAUGGAAGGUGCCAUCAAAGGAAGUAGUAGUAGGGCAGGCUUCCCACCAACUUUUGCAAUUAAUGACAUUUUGGAGAAAGAAAGGAGAUGAAACCACUGAUAGUGACCACAUCAUAACCUCCCAAUCCCAUUAAUCUGCUCCUUGCCCUCUCCCAUCCGAUACCCACCAUUAUUAUUCCUUCUUCUCCCUUCUCCCUUCUCCCAUGCUCUAAGAAUUUAACUCUCCUCUCUAGCAAGUUAAAAAGGGAAGAAAAGAGCAAGCUUUGCCUUUAUCCUGUCUUUCUGCUUUUGGGUAACGGCUGAGUCCUUCCUUUGCUUUGGGGUUAGCUUUGGUUUGCUGCUGGGUGGUUACAAAGAUCGAAGCUUUUUUUGCCUUUCUGGGUUUGAAUUUGUAUGGAAAUGGAGGAGAAGCUCUUGAAUGAGAUGAAGGGUGAUGUGGGUACUAGCCGAUCCGAUGCUGCUGCUGCUGCUUCUCCUAGUACUCCUGUCCAUCAGACUGAAGACUCGAGUGGGAUUGUGGAAGAAGGCAACAAUCAUGGAAACUGGAAGAAGAGAAAUCUAUUUCUAGAGAUACCUUCAAGAACAAUGGAACCAACAACUCCACAAGGAGAUAGUGUAGUGAUUAAGAUGCCACCAACACCUAGCCAAACUCCCAGGAAGGUCAAUUUCAAUUUGACCCCUAAUUCUGCUGAUACAAGAGCAGCCACCACUAGUGCAUCCCCAGCUCCCACUCCAUCCAGGGGGAGGUCUUCUCUGAAGAGCCUGUUGCCUAAACUUAGCUUCAAGUCUCGGAUUGCCAUGUUGAAUGCUGCUGAUAAGCCGCCGGCCCAUAAUCUUCCACCGGAAGCUGCGACUCCACAACAAGAAAAGCCCUCCAUCCCAAGGUCACUGUCACUCACAAAGCUUUUCACUCCUAGGAUGAAGAGGACAUCGUCACUCCCAGUCACACCAAUUGCACAUUCUCAGCCGCAUAGUGAAAGUGUCAGUGGCCCUCUCAAUCCAAGUAGAGAAGCUCCACCAAGAAAGAUUGCUCGAUCACUCUCGGUCCCUGUCAUCAACAAAGAAGGAAGCAUACGGAGAGUGGAUUCGUUCUUUCGUGUGAUCCCUUCUACUCCUAGAGUGAAAGAAUCAGGAGAGAUACUAGCAGCUCAUGCAUCUUCCCCAAGUGUUUCUGCUGAAACCAUUGAUGAUGAUGGAGAAGAUAUACCUGAAGAAGAAGCUGUUUGUAGAAUUUGUCUGGUGGAACUCUGUGAAGGAGGGGAGACACUCAAGAUGGAAUGCAGUUGCAAAGGUGAAAUGGCUUUGGCACACCAAGAAUGUGCAGUCAAAUGGUUUAGCAUUAAGGGGAACAAGACUUGUGAAGUGUGCAAGCAAGAAGUCCUGAAUUUGCCUGUUACCUUGUUACGAAUACAAAGUGUACAUAAUGGUAUCGCUGGAUUAGGUAGAGGUCAACUAGGCGAUCCCAAUGGUUACAGGGUUUGGCAAGAAGUACCAGUGCUGGUCAUUGUUAGCAUGCUAGCCUACUUUUGUUUCCUGGAGCAGCUUCUGGUGGGGAAUAUGGGAACUGGUGCAAUUGCUCUAUCCCUUCCAUUUUCUUGUGUGUUGGGUCUCCUAUCGUCCAUGAUCUCUUCAACAAUGGUGAAGAGACAAUUCGUUUGGGUUUAUGCGUCAAUACAAUUUGCUUUGGUUGUUAUCUUUGCUCACAUUUUUUACUCAUUGGUUGGAGUGCAAGCUGUGCUGUCAAUCCUGCUGGCAACAUUUGCUGGGUUUGGAGUGUCUAUGAGUGGAAGUUCGAUCAUAAUCGAGUUCAUGAGGUGGAGAAGAAGAUGGCGACGGAAUGGAGGAUCAGAACAACAGCUUGGAAACAAUCUGAUGGCAGGAAGAGUUCCAAGACCCGUGAAUUCAUCUGCAGUAGGCCCUCCUGCAGCUGCUACUACUGCUGAUGCAGGGGAAGGAAACCGCCAUACAAUAAAUGAUGUAGAAAACCCAUAAAUAAACCUUUUAAGUCUGGUGGUGGGAAAAGAGAUUAAAGGAAGAGCUUGUGAGUGUGUUAUAUGAGAAGACAGAAGCAAGUUUCUCCCUUUUCCCCCUCUCUUUUUGGCAAUAUAGAGUGAUUAGAUUAUUGCAGCUCCAAAGGUGGCAUUUUGGUAUGAUGGGGUAGGGGGACUGCUGCUGCAGCAGGGCAGGCAGCAAAAGGAAUGAAUGGAUGGAGGAAAGAAAGAAAGAAAGAAAGAAAGAAAGAAAGAAAGGAAGAAUGAUGUUUGUUGUGAAGUGAGAAGAGUGGAUAGUUGAGUGUCCACCUCUCAAUGUGAGUAGUAAUUAUUACAUUUGGAUUGAAGUUGAAACUUGUGCCUUCCAAUAUGUGAUGUUGCUGCAAAUACAAAAGAAAGAAUGGCACAUUUGCCCAUUUCUUCUGUUGCUCAUUUUGCAUUACUGUUUUCCUUGGGGGUUACAAUUGAGGGUGGUUCUCAACUCUCGAGUGGUAGUACGCUAGCUUCGGGAUCAGACUAUCAACGACGUCACUGGAGAGUUGCUUCGUUAUUACGUUCAUCUCCAACGAGACAUAAUGACGAUGUGAUUGUCCUUACUUCAAUACGUGAUCAUGAACAAAAUGAAAUUUGAUCU